GCAGAGCUGCCUCCAACCCAGACGACGACACGGACGCGGCCCCGGCUCGGCUCGGCACAGCCCAGCACAGUGCCCUCUUGUCUCCUUCCUCUUCCUCUCCACUCAGUCCCACGCUACCACUCCCCAGCUACCACUCCCCAGUUCCCACUCGCGCCCCCAGCCAGGCUCUCUGCUGCUACUAGGAGGGCGGGGACGGAGCUGCAGAGCGGGGAGGGAGCGGAGAGGGACCGAGAGGGCUAGGAGAUGGAGCGGGAUUCGCUGAGUGGGAGGUGCGCAUUGCUGGCGCUGUGCUCGGCGCUGCUUCUCCUGGCGGCGCCCGCUCGCCCGGCAUGGGCUGCUCCGGUGGAGGAUGGCCUGCUCAACAAUGGUGACUUUGAGACCGCACCAGCCGGUGGUUUUGUCAAAUCUGCGUCUGUUGCUGAGGGUGCAUCAUCAAUCCCUGGCUGGACGAUCAAUGGUACGGUUGAGCUGAUUUCAGCAGGCCAGCACCAGGGUGGCAUGAUCCUUAUUGUUCCACAGGGGGAUCAUGCUGUACGGCUAGGAAAUGAUGCUAGUGUUGGGCAGGUGGUGGAGGUUGAGAAAGGCUCAGAGUAUGCUAUCACAUUCAGCGCUGCCCGUACAUGUGCCCAGCUGGAGGCACUGAAUGUGUCCGUGCUAGGUGGUGUAUCGCAGACAGUGGAUUUGCAGACAUUGUACAACAUAGAAGGCUGGGAUGCGUACGCCCUGGCUUUUCAGGCAACAGAUGAGCAGGCACAUAUUCAGUUCAUGAACCCUGGCAUGGAGGAUGAUCCAACAUGCGGGCCUAUCCUUGACAAUGUCGCCAUCAAGAAGCUCUUCACUCCAGACAAGCCAAAGGAUAAUGUGGUCCUCAAUGGAGACUUUGAGGAAGGUCCGUGGAUGUUCCCAAACACAAGCUUUGGAGUGCUGCUCCCGACCAACCUCGACGAGCAAACAUCCGCCAUACCUGGCUGGAUGAUCGAGUCAAACCGUGCUGUCCGCUUCAUUGACUCUGAUGAAUACAAGGUUCCACAGGGGAAGCGCGCCAUCGAGCUUCUGUCAGGCAAGGAGGGCAUCAUCUCCCAGAUGGUGGAGACAACCCCCCAGAAGGAGUACAGCCUUACGUUCACGCUGGGGACGGCGGGGGACUCAUGCCAGCCUCCGAUGGCCAUCAUGGCGUUCGCCGGCGACCAGGCCCAGAACUUUCACUACUCGCCGAUGGGCAACGCCACCAGCCAGGCCGCAAAUGUGACGUUCACGGCGCGCGCUGAGAGGACGCGCGUGGCAUUCUACAGCGUGUACUACAACACGAGGAGCGACGACCACAGCUCUCUGUGCGGGCCGGUGAUCGACGACGUCCGCGUAUGGGGCUUGAACGCGGCCGCCGGGUUGAAGGCAAGUGUCGGGCUGGUUCUCGGCGUUGUUGGUAUGGUCGGCAUGGUGCUGCUCUGAAAUCUGAAUUCCCCUGCGGGGUCUUGGGUGUGGGUUAAGGAUAUAUAACCUCUUCUGUAACUCUGAGGAGGCCGCUAGUUUUGGUAGUAAGCUUGAAGUUUCUACGCGUUGAGUAAUGUGAGCUUAGGCUGAAGCUACCAGAACCUAUAUGUGGUUGCUUGUGUUACUUCAUUUGUGAUUCAGGAAGUAGCAUGCAAUUAAUAUGGUUUUGUGUGGUCUGUGUGCCAAGAGCUUGUAAUGUGAAAUCUCAGAAAUGUUCCAAGUUCAUCUCUUCAA